AUGUCUCAUCUUCAAAGCAUGGCGAUUUUGGGCAUUCGCUCAUUCAGUCCAGACGAACCAUGCUAUAUCAAAUUCUUCUCUCCACUGACCUUGAUUGUCGGCUCCAAUGGAGCUGGUAAAACGACCAUCAUUGAAAGUCUGCGCUAUGCUUGUACGGGUGAUCUCCCGCCAAACAGUAAAAACGGUGCCUUUGUCAAUGAUCCCAAGGUUGCAGGCAUCAGCGAGGUAAAGGCUCAAAUCAAACUCAAGUUUUACAACAUCAACGGCCAAAAGAUGGUUUGCAGUCGAUCUUUGGCAGUGACCCAGAAGAAGGCGACAGUGACUCAGAGAUCCAUCGAUAACGCCCUGUUGAGAUACGAUCCAGUGACAGGGGAAGCCUUCAGUAUCACCAGUCGAUGCGCAGACAUGGAUUCAGAGCUACCGCUUCACUUGGGCGUCCCCAAAGCUAUUCUCGACAAUGUCAUCUUUUGCCAUCAAGAAGACAGCAAUUGGCCAUUGUCUGAACCGAGCGUCCUGAAAAAGAAGUUUGACGACAUCUUUUCAUCCAAGCGAUUUACUGCUGCACUGGACAACAUCAAAGAGAUUCGAAAGGAGACAGCGACAGACAUCAAGCUCGGCAAUGUGCAGCUAGAGGCAUUAAAAAACGAUACCAAGAAAGCCAAGCGAAUUCGCAGCAAUUUGACAGAAUUAAACCAGCAAAUGACAGCUAAAAACGAAACAUUCCAAACGAUUGAAAUAAAACUUGCUCAGAUCGAGGCUGAAAUCAGCAGACUUAAUGCUUCUUUGAAGGACAACCAAGAGGCGCAUGAUACAAUCCGCCAGCUGUUGAAUCAGCGAGAUUUCUUCCAGUCCACCAUGCGGUCCAUUGAAGCACACAUUGUACCUCGAGAAGAAUCCACAGAGCAGUUGCAGCACUUGUUGGAGGAACAUCGUAUCAAAGAAGAUAAAAACCAGGAGGAAAAGUCUAGAGUGUCUUUGGAGCGAUCCAAGUUGGAGAGACAGCUCAAGGCAGCCCAGGAUGAGCUGUCCAAAAAGCAAGUGGCGAUGGGCAGAUUGGACGCUGCUCGAGACGAGUAUUUGCGUCAACUUCAGAGACGAUCCGCCUUGAUCCAGCAGAUGAACCAAGACAAAAACAUGAACCUUCCUGUGGACGACGGUGAUGCCUCUGCUCAGGUGAUCAAGGAGCUGAUUGAGGACAAUGCCACCAACAAUGACAGGGCAAAAGAUGAAGCCAUGUCAGAGCAGAAUACCCUGUCUGAUGAAUUGCAGAUGCUAAAAAGUCAGAAAAUGUCAAUUGAAGAGAACAAGAAACACUUGAAGAGACUUAUUGACAACUUUGAUAUACAAAUUGAUGUACUAGCAAAGAAGAUGAAGGAAUUUCAAGUAUCCGAAAUGCAGAUGGACGCCAUCAAGGCCAAAAUUGCUGAAUAUGAGAAGAAGCUUGCUGAGAUGGAUGCUGUGACAGUUAGCACCAGCCAAGAUGAACUCAAACGAAAAGAGCAUGAGCUGCGUGAUGUGGACGACAAGAUCAGUGAUUUGAACGAGGAAUCAGCGAGAUUGAGCAAGCAGAGUGAUUCGAGAGCUAAAUUGUCACUGAAGCGUACAGAAAAGGAAGUCAAAGAGACAACCAUGAACAGAAUCUACACUGACCAUAUCAACGAUAUCCAAAACUUGCUGGAUUCAAAGCCUAACAUUGCAAACCUUGAGAGAGAGCUCGAUGUGUAUAAAACCAAGAAAGAAAAGGAGCUGGCUUCUUUGAUCGAAGUUCGUAACAAGGCCAAUCGUGAGCUAUCAGCUGCGGAUGCUAAACUAAACAUGGUGCUCCAAAACUACAACAAGCAGAAGCGAGAAGCAGAUAAAUUCCAAAGCCUGAUUGAAAAGGUCUGUGGCCAAAAGGACCUGCCAGCCGAACUUGCUGAUACUGUCAAGAAGGCAGACAUCUGGGCAACUAAAAUCGCUCAAAUCCAAGGUGCUUCCAUGGUAUACCAAAAAUUCCGUAAUACAGAAGAUAAAAGUGGAUGCUGUCCUUUAUGUACAAGAGAUUUUGCCAACAAUGAUGAGAUUGAGAUGUUUAGAAACCAGUUGAAAUUAAUGCAAGACUUUAUACCCGAGAAACAACAAAAGAUGAAGGAACAGUUAAAGGAAAUUGAGGCGAGAAAGGCCAAGCUCUUGAGUGCCCAAGGUACUUGGAUCAAGUUGGAAAGCUUAAAGAAGGAUUUAGCAAGUAUUUCAAGCACAAAGGAAGCAUUUGAGACUGAAAAGAAGGCUGCUGAGGAGAGAAAUCGUGUCGCUACAGCCCAACUUGUUGAAGUGGACAAUUGCAAGAUCAAGGCAGACAAGCUACUGCUUAUCGCACGCAAUGUCGGCAACUUGAGCAGAGAAGUAGAUCUCUUGACGCAAGACGUGCAAGACCUCGAAAAAGAGCUGGAGUUCUCAGGUUCCACUCGUACUUCGGAUGAUGUAAUGAAGGAGCUGGAAGAACUCACAGAGAGAAGCAAAACCAUUCGACGUGAUAUGAAGCGAAUCCACACCGAAAUCGACAUGAACAAUCGCAAACGACAAUCGGUUGAACGCGCAUUGAACGAAUCUUCGCAAAAGCUCAUCAGGUUAGAGAAUGAACGAGAUCGCAAGGUGGGAAUGCAGCUUCAGCUGGACGACAUUAAAGAGCAGAGAGACAGCCGUAAAGUCGAAUACGAGCGACCUGAAAACGAUGCUGAGCCAUUGACCGAGAAGAUUCAAGCAGCUAAGAGACUGUAUGACGAAGCUGUCCAGAAUUGGAGAAAUGUCGAAGAAAAGGCAUCUGCAGAAGAGCAUAAGAUAUCCAUCUUUGCUGAGCGUCUUUCAGAUUUUAAUGCCACCGUCAAAAAGUGCGCUGCUGCUGCGAGCCCUGAAAGACUAGAGUCGCUCAACUCAGAAAUCACCAAUUUGAACAACACAAUCGCAGACAUCAAGUGCAAAGUAGCAGGCAUUGAUGAAAAGCUGGCAAUCAUUGAGAAGGACGAAGCUGAAAGACGUGGCAUUGAACGGGAUUUACAAGACCAGAUCAAGUACCGUGAUAUGCAAGAGCAGCUUGCUAAAUGUGAGCAAGAGUUGGCUGCUGCCAAUCAAAGCCAAGAUGCAGUGGAUGUUGUUUCAUUGCAAAGAGGCCUACAGCGUGCUGACAAAGAAAAAUCUGAUCUGGUGGACAAGCGUGGUAGUAUUCGCGGUGAAAUAGAGCAGAUGAGUAAUCAAUCACGUCGAUACGAGCAAGAAUUGAAAAUAGACUACCGGGACGUGGAUGGCCGUUAUGGGAAUCUCUUUAUCGAGGUAAAGACCAAGGAACUGGCAAGCGAAGAUCUCGAGAGGUACAGUAAAACCUUGCAGGCUGCCAUUAUGAAGUACCAUUCGUUGAAAAUGCAAGAUCUGAACAAGAUUAUCAAGGAGCUCUGGGUAGACACAUACAAAGGAGGAGACAUUGAUUAUAUAGAGAUUCGAGCAGACAAUGAAGGAUCCACUGCAUCCAGAACCUUCAAUUACAGAGUCGUCAUGAUCCAAAACGGCAGCGAGUUGAAUAUGAGAGGUAGAUGCAGUGCAGGACAGAAGGUCUUGGCAGCCAUCAUCAUUCGACUUGCUCUUGCCGAGACCUUUUGCGUCAAUUGUGGUAUCUUUACAUUGGAUGAACCCACCACGAAUUUGGAUCGUGCAAAUAUCGAGAGUUUGGCAGAAAAUCUGGGCAGAAUCAUCAAAAAUCGAAGCCAACAAUCUAAUUUCCAAUUUGUAAUUAUUACCCAUGACGAGGAAUUUGUCGAAUACCUUUCUCGAGACAACAUUCUUGGUCAAUAUUACCGUGUAUCAAAAGAUUUCAAUCAACAUAGUCGGAUUCAGUUGCAAGGCCAAAUCCAAAAUUUCAACGACAAUGAUGAGGAUCCCAUUAUGCAAGAUCGCUUUACUGGUCAAGAUUAUUUGAAUUGA